AUGGCCGGCCCCCGCCUCGCCUGCUGCCUGCUCGGCCUCCUGGCGCUCGCCUCGGCCUGCUACAUCCAGAACUGCCCGCUGGGCGGCAAGAGGGCGGCGCUGGACCUCGACGUGCGCAAGUGCCUACCCUGCGGCCCCGGAGGCAAAGGGCGCUGCUUCGGGCCCAGCAUCUGCUGCGCGGACGAGCUGGGCUGCUUCGUGGGCACGGCCGAGGCGCUGCGCUGCCAGGAGGAGAACUACCUGCCGUCGCCCUGCCGCUCGGGCCUUAAGCCGUGCGGGAGCGGGGGCCGCUGCGCCGCCGCCGGCGUCUGCUGCAGCCCGGACGGCUGCCGCGUGGACCCCGCCUGCGACCCCGAGGCCGCUUUCCCCCAGCGCUGA